GGACUUUUAGCUCCAUGCCCAGUUCACUGUGUUCCAUCCUUUUGCAGCAGAUCGGCCAUCCUUUUCCUAACUCCACAAUCCUUGCUUGAGAGGCACGGGAGGACACGGAAAUCACGCGAUGUUUGGACAGCGGGCUCCGUGUUGUCAUCCAGUUAACGGUUUAUGUCACGGUAAUCUUUUUGUCGUGCUCAGCAACUUGUUCGCUCAACUGGCCGUAUCGUCAUCUGACGGGGGAGUUCUCGUACACACACAGCGAAGAUGCAGCCUGCAGCAGCCAAGUGGUAUGACAGACGGGACUUUGUCUUUAUAGAGUUCUGCGUGGAGGACAGUAAAGACGUACACAUACAUUUUGACAUGUCCAAACUUGAGUUCAGCUGUGUCAGUGGAGCAAAUAACAUCAAACAUCAGAACACAGUGGACCUUUACAGGGACAUUGACCCCCAAGGAUCCAAACACAGACGCACAGACAGGUCUGUGUUGUGUUGUUUACGAAAAGCAGAGACUGGAAAAGCGUGGCCUCGACUUACCAAAGACAAGACAAGGUGCAACUGUAUCAGUGUGGAUUUCAAUAACUGGAAAGACUGGGAAGAUGACUCCGAUGACGACUUGAACAGUUUUGACAAGUUCUCAGAGAUGAUGAACAACAUGGGCGGGGAUGAUCUACCUGACCUAGAUUGUGCUGAUGAUGAGCACGAGCCCCCCGACAGCGACGAUGAAAAAAUGCCUGACCUGGAGUAGACCCACUACUACUGGUAGAACAUUAAAGAGGAAAAAUCACAAAAAAAGUCAGCUGCAAGUUGGGCGGAGACCCCAGCCACCUUUUGGGGAAGAAAGCUUGUUUGUGUGCACCGUUUCCAAAGCACCGUCUCCCC